GUCAGAUGUGCGUUUAUUUAUAUAAAUAGGUCAGAACUUAAUAGUUUCAUCACCAACAAAAACUAAUCAUAUUCAAACUGUUUCUCUCUCUAUCUCUAAAAAUGUAUGCAAGUAGCGUGGAUGAGAGCACUACAAGUGACUCCAUAUCCGCCACAUUAACUCUGCCACCCGCCACCAGGUCGCCGGAGAGCCUCUGCCGGAUGGGCAGCGGCGCCAGCGUGAUCAUUGACACGGAGAACGGCGUGGAAGCCGACUCCGGCCGCAAGCUGCCGUCCUCCAAGUUCAAAGGCGUCGUCCCCCAGCCGAACGGCCGCUGGGGCGCCCAAAUCUACGAGAAGCACCAGCGGGUGUGGCUCGGGACGUUCAACGAGGAGGAGGAAGCCGGGCGGGUGUACGACAUCGCGGCCCAGCGCUUCCGUGGCCGCGAUGCCGUCACGAACUUCAAGCCGUUGUCGGAGACCGACGGCGAGUACGAGGCGGCGUUCUUGAACUCCCACUCAAAGGCGGAGAUCGUCGACAUGCUCCGUAAACACACUUACGCUGACGAGCUCGAGCAGAGCCGGCGGGCCUUUAACAUUAAUGGUAACGGUAACGGUAACAGCAUUUCCCGGAAACCGGAUUCGUCUCGACUGGAGAAAUCCCGGGAGCGGCUCUUCGAGAAAGCCGUGACCCCGAGCGAUGUCGGGAAGCUGAACCGGCUCGUGAUCCCGAAGCAGCAGGCCGAGAAGCACUUCCCGCUCCAGAACGGCGCCGUUACCUCCAAGGGAGUCCUCUUGAACUUCGAGGACUCCAAUGGGAAAGUAUGGAGGUUCAGGUACUCGUACUGGAACAGUAGUCAAAGCUACGUGUUGACCAAAGGGUGGAGCCGGUUCGUGAAGGAGAAGUGCUUGAAAGCCGGGGACAUUGUGAGUUUCCACCGGUCGACCGGACCGGAACGGCAACUUUACAUAGACUGGAAGGUGAGGAACCUGACCGGAUCCGGACCAGAACCGUUGACCACUCCGGUUCAACCGGUUCAGGUAUUCAGACUAUUUGGGGUCAACAUUAGUCAAACUCCAAAAGAGACCAGUAAUAAUAUGAGUAGUUGCGGUGGGCGGAAGAGGACUAGAGAAGUAAUGGAGUUUUUGCCAUUGCAAUGUAGCAAAAAGCAAAGGGCUACAAUUGGAGCUAUGUGAAAUGAUAGACAUUAAAUUUCGGAUAUUAUUAUUUAAUUAGACAUCUUUUUUAAAAUGUCAACUUAACUAGUGCUAAACGCACUUGUUGGGUGUCUAAUUAAUUAAUCUUUUGUUAAAUUUUUGGUCUUUUUUUGUUUGGGGAAAUUAAAGUGUAAAUUAGUGUUAUUAGUAGUAAAGAGUGGCUAUCCUCCAAGGAGCCUUGUCAUCAUCUCCAUCUAUUUGCUUUGAACCAUAUUAAACAAAAUAUGGAAUCGCAAAUGAUAUCGUGAAAAGAAUAUAUUUCCAUUUUAAUAAAUAGUGCAUAUUUAUAU